CUUUUCCGACUAAUCAACAUGCGCGUAUCUUAAGACGAUCAAAUUUAAAAUAUUGUCUCGCAAAUCGAACAAUAGAUGUCGCUGUUUUAAGCGUAUUGCCUUAGAUUUAUAAUAUAUUUAUAAAUUAUAUAUAUAUUGUACAGUACGUAACUUAUAUAUAAUUCAAGUAACCUAGAUAAAGAAUUUGUUAUAUGUAAUCGUAGUUGGAGAAUAAGGUUAACUAGACGUAAUCUCGACCACACCGUAACAGGAACAGGAAGUUGACGUUUGAAGGCGAGGCUUCCGGUGUAUGGCGGUAGCCAUAUUGAAUGCUGGCAAGAAAACGUGUUUUCAUUUUGUUUUGAAUUUUGGACCGUCGAUUGAACCAUGGUAAUAUCGUGUAGUGCUUACGGCUGUACCAAUAGAUUUGUGAAACAUUCUGGAAUACAUUUUUAUCGAUUUCCACUGAAAAAACCUGAUUUACUCAAAAAAUGGGUUACUGCUGUAAGAAGGGAAAACUUUAAACCUACGAAAUCGUCAUCUCUUUGUAGUGAGCAUUUUAAAGACACUGAUUUUAAAUUACGACCUGGAGCAUUCACGAAAAAACUAAAAGAAGAUGCAGUUCCGUCAAUGUUUAGUGCUUUCCCGUCUUAUUAUCAACCGAGUGAAAAAAAGCCGAAAACAGCCUUUUUACACAGAUCGGAAACUGUUGAAAGUAGUAAUGUACAAGAUAAUUCAGAAGCCAUACUUAACACUUCAGGAAAGUCGACAUUCCCUGAAUCUAAUGUGAUUAACGACGGUAUAAGGGAAGAAAGUACGAAUGAAACAAACAAAAAUCAAAAUGUUGAUAAAAUUGCUGGCAGCGCAGAUAAAACUGAUAUAGAGCCAAGAACAAAAGAUCAAGCUGUUCAAACAGUGGCGUGUGCAUUACCAGUCACCGUUCAAGCUUUAUGCAAGAGAAUAAAAUUACUGCAGCAGAAAGUGGGGCGAAGAAAUUCACGAAUACGUAAUCUGAAACGUAGAAUUCUUUGUCUAAAGGAUAAAAAACUUGUGGAUUCAAAACUAGAACAUCCGCUACUUGAUCAGUACGACCUUGCAAAUGUUUCAAAGCAUUGAAAAACAAUAAGAAAUGUAAUGAGUCAUCGCUAUACGCUUUAAAUAAAGCAAUUUGCUCAAAUGGGGUAGCUGUAUUCUUAUUAAUUUAACUCUAUAUUCCUUUAUGUCAGGUAUAGCUGUAGGAAAUACUACACCUGACAUAAGGAUUAUACAGUUAAACUAAUAAAGCAAUUUGUUCUGAAACUCCGUUAUAAACACUUCAAAACAAAUAUAUUCUAUAUAUAUGGUAUAU